CGAUCCUGCCACUCUUACUCGCUUCCACUCUCUCCCAUCCUCUCCGUCUCUCUCUCUCUCUCUCUCUGUCCUCUCCCACAUCUCCGAUCUCCGACCCCGUCGCUGCCGCCAAGCACACGCAUCUUGAUCUCCAUCCGUGCGCAGCGCCUCUUGCACACUCAACCUUCCAACCUCCACACACAUACAACGCACAGCUUCCCGCAUCACUCCACCUCCUCACCUCCUCUCCUACCCGAUCAACCCCGUCAGCAUACCAUGUCAUCCCAGUACAGCCAUGACGAUAUCAACGGGAACGGCGGCUCUGCGCGCUCCUCCCAGUACCGCCUGCCUGGCCCCCCACCUCCUCUCAUGGAUCAAUCCCACUUGCGACCAGGCAAGCAGGCCGAGCUGCUGUCCCACGACCGAACGCUCGAGCUGUAUCGCGAGAAUGCCAAGAAGACAAACGACCCCGAGCUCAUCUUCGAGUUUGCUGUAUUCAUGAUUGACGCUGCCAAGAGCAUGGUUCCGCCCCCCAACCCCGACGACCCGAACGACCCCGCAAACCGUCCCAAUGCCGCGGCUCUCGAGAAGAGAGAUGAACUAAUCAAGGAGGCGACAUCGCUUCUCAAGCGCCUGGCCGACCGCGGGUACCCCGACGCGCAGUACUUCCUCGCCGACUGUUAUGCCAACGGUAUUGGGACAACGCGCGGCAAACAGGACUUUGACAAGGCCUUCCCCCUGUUCGCGCUCGCCGCCAAGCACGGCCAUCCAGACGCGUGCUAUCGUGCUGGAACAUGCUGCGAGCACGGGUGGGGCACAAGGAGGGAGAGUGCGAAGGCGAUCCAGUUUUACCGGAAAGCAGCGGUCGGUCUGCACCCUGGAGCGAUGUACCGUCUUGGUACAGCCGAGCUGAAUGGCUCGCUAGGGUUGAGCAAGCGGCCGAAGGAGGGCGUCAAGUGGCUGAAGCGCUCAGCCGAGCACGCGACCGAGGAGUUCCCGCACGCAUUGCACGAGCUGGCUCUGCUCCACGAGCGUGGCAUCGAGAACAUAGUUUUCGUCGACCUCGACUACUCUGCGGAGUUGCUCGCGCAGGCCGCCGAGUUGGGAUAUGCGCCGAGCGCAUUCAAGCUGGGCGAGUGCUACGAGUACGGCAAAAUGGGUUGCCCAGUCGAUGCGGCCCUCUCAAUCCACUACUACAACAUUGCGGCGCAGCAGGGUCACCGCGACGCUUGCUUCGCCUUGACGGCCUGGUAUCUCGUGGGCGCAGAGGGUGUACUCCCUCAAUCGGACACGGAGGCCUACCUGUGGGCGAAGAAGGCCGCGGACAAGGGCCUCGCCAAGGCGCAGUACGCUCUCGGCUACUUCACAGAGACGGGCGUCGGGGUCCCCCCAAACAUCCAGCAGGCGAUGAAGUUCUACCGCCAGGCAGCGGACGGAGGGGACAAGCGCGCAGCAAAACGUCUCGCGGGCGGCGUAUCGGGCGGCGGCGCGGCAUUGAACCGCCAGCGCGAGAUGGACGCCAUGAAGGAGGCCGGGGGCAUGAACGGCAAGGACAAGGACAAGGACUGCAUCAUCAUGUAACGGCCCCAUAACCCAUAUCAACGGACUAUACGUAUGUGUCCACGUUAGCGACACAACUGCAUCUCAGACACGAACCUUGCCUUAGACCAUUCUCAUGAAUGACAGCAUAGACUUGUGCCCGCAGCAGUGCAUUCAGUGUCCACGUCGGUUUC